AUGAACAAGAGGAAUUUGACCAGGGUCACGGAGAUCCACCUCUUGGGAUUUCAGACGUCCCGGAGCAUAAAAGUGGGCCUUUUUGUUCUGGUCUUUACAAUGUUCUGCGUCACGAUAGUUGGAAACCUUCUGAUCAUAGUGCUGGUUUCACGGAGCAGAAACUUGCACUCUCCCAUGUACUUCUUCCUUACUCAACUCUCCAUAUCCGACAUUUUACUCACAACAGAUAUCGUCCCUAACAUGCUUCGUGGAAUGAUGCCGCUUGUUGGCUGCCUUGCUCAGCUUUAUUUUUUUGGUGUCUCUGAGUGUUUUGAGUGUCUUAUUCUGGCCGUGAUGUCUUAUGACAGAUAUUUGGCCAUCUGUCACCCUCUACAUUACAUAUCUUUAAUGAGCCAUCUGCUUUCCUUAAGAGUGAUCAUCGUUACUUGGAUCGUUAGUUUUUCUGUUCCACUAAUUGAAACCGUAACAACAUCUAAGUUGGUAUUUUGUGGACCAAAUGUUAUUGACCAUUUCUUUUGUGACCUUUUUCCAUUAUGGGAACUUUCCUGCUCAGACAUAUUAAUUGGCCAAAUAGAAGUCACAAUAUUGGGUAUCCCCAUCAUUAUCUCCCCAUUCAUUCUCAUUGCGAUAUCAUAUACAUAUAUUUUCUUUACUAUUCUAAAGAUUCAAUCUAUUACCGGAAGACAGAAAGCCUUCUCCACCUGCAGCUCCCACCUGACUGUGGUCUUCAUCUAUUAUGGAACUCUCAUUUCUAUAUAUGUUCUUCCAACUCGAGGUCAAUCGCUGAUUGUUAGCAAAGUCCUGUCUUUGUUGUACACCGUGGUGACCCCGAUGCUUAACCCAAUCAUAUAUAGCCUCAGAAAUAAAGACAUUAAAGAGGCACUAAGAAAAUAUGUGAAAAAUACAAGGUGA